AUGAAGUCCCUCCAGGCCAGUGAGGACGCCUACCUCCUUCCCCAUGACGGCCGCCCUGAACUCUUCAAGGUGUACAAGCGGCGGUGGGUGGUGCUGCUGUGCUUUUGUCUGUGCAAUGCGGCCAACGCGCUGGUGUGGAUCACCUUCUCCCCCAUCUCCGACCAGGUCGAGGCCAAGUUCAACAUCUCCUCCACCUGGGUCAACAUGCUGAGCCUAGUAUUCAUGAUCGUGUUCGUUCCCAUCACCUUCCCCUCCGCCUGGCUUCUCGACCACCUCGGCCUCUGGUUCGGCGUGAUGGUGGGUGCGGUGUUUACGAUGGUGGGGGCGUGGGUGCGGGUGUUUGGCGAGUGGAACUUUUGGCCCGUCUUCGGCGGGCAGGUGCUGGCGGCCAUCGGGCAGCCCUUCAUACUCAACGCCGUCCCGCUCCUCGCCGCCAACUACUUCCCACGGGUGGGGAUCGGGUUCGUGCUGCCGCCGCUGCUGACGGACGAGCCGGACGACAUUCCCUUCAUGCUCAUGAUCCAGGCCAUCAUCGCCUCCGCCUGCAGCGUGUUCGUCCUCUUCUGUCCGAGCAAGCCGCCGCUUCCGCCGAGCGCGGGUACGGCGAGGGAGGAGCUCGCUUUCCUGCCCAGCGUCAAGGCCGUUGUCCUCAAUCACAACUUCUGGAUUCUGUGUGUCGAGUUCGGUUGCGGGCUGGGCGCGUUCAACACGCUGGCGACGGUCAUCAACCAACUCUACGAGCCCUACGGCUACACCAACACCGAAAGCGGGAUAUUGGGGCUGCUGGUGGUGGUGUGCGGCAUUAUCGGGUCCGGCAUAGAAGGCGGCCUCGUCGACUACACCCACCGCUACAAGCUGUUCAUCUGGGCCACGCUCCUGUGCGCCACCGGUUCGCUGGUGGGGAUGACGCUGCUGCUCGAGCGGGGCUACUUCGUCUGGCAGUGCCUCGUGUCCGCCGGCCUCGGCUUCUUCAUGACCCCCAUUCUUCCUCUCACGCUGGAGCUGGCCGUGGAGAUCACCUAUCCCGUGGGCGAGGCGACGGUGACGGGCAUGCUGAUGGUGUCGGGCCAGCUGGUGGGCAUCGGCCUCAUAUUCCUCUUCAACUGGAUGAUCGACAACCACUACUACCACGAGUCCGGCUGGGUCGCCACCGGUCUCACCGGGUUCUCGUGUGCGGUGAUGCUGCUGUUCACAGGGAGGCUGAAGCGACGGGAGCACGAAGCAGCGGAGAACGCCCGCGGCGAUGCCAUCAACGCCUAA